AUGCAAUUGAAUCAAUCGAUAUUUAGUAUACAAUCUUGGUCAUUCUAUGAUUAUCAAUUUAUAGAUUUUAUUCAAAAUAAAACAGUGCCAUGCCCGAUAAACUCUAGAUGGAUACAUUUUGAAGACUAUUUAUUUGCAUCAAUCGGCUUAUUAAUAACAUUAAUGAUAACAAUAAAAAUUCAUUUAACUGAAAUGCGUUUUCGUGAUUAUUACGCGUUAUUUCGUUGUCAUAUUAUGAAUUUAUCACUAAUAUGCUUAUUUUUAACAACAUUUAUAUUUAAUAUUUAUUCCAAUGAUAAAACAUGUAAAUACGAACAAAUUUCUGUGCAGUAUUGUUUUUUAAUUAUUCUCACAAAUAUAUUUCUCAUGAGUUUAUUUCGUAUGUUUAAAAAUUCCUUUGUGAGAAAAUUUCGGUUUAUUCUAUUCGCUUUUAUUAUUGCUUUAAUUACACAAACAUUAAUUACCAUUGGUUGGUUAUCUAUAAUUAAAAAUAAACAUCUAAAUUACCAUCACCGAUUUUGUUUUCAUCGGAUUGAAAUCGAUCUAUGUUUACAUGGACAAAUGCCAUUAUUCUUAUCAACUAUUUAUCUUCCAAUUAUAUUUAUUUUAACAGCAUUGAAUAUCUACUUUUUUAGUAGGCCAUUCGCCAUUGCGCAAUUACUUGAAGCAAUUAUAUCCUUUAUUGGAAUUUUAAUCAUCGGAAGUAUAUGGUAUAUGAGUCUAUUGUUUUCAAAUUAUCCACAGAUACCUUACAGAUACGUUGCUUAUAUCUUUUUAUUAGCUUAUAUGCUGCCAAGAGUAUGCAUUUCUGAAUUAGAACGUUCUCGUAUAACAGUUGAAGAAAAGAAACCACUGCUACAUGAUGAGGUUCAAUUUCACAAUGGAAAUUGUACAAUUCAUUUUACUAACAAUGAUGAUGAUGAUGAAGAAACAAAUAUUCCCGUACGCCAAAUAGAUCGAUCACAACUCAAUUCUGUGAAUAAUCAUGCAGUUAUUCGUACAACAGAAAUGUCGCCUGGGGAAAUAUUUUCCAAAAUGCUUGAUAAACAAGGUACACAAUCUGGAGGAUAUCUAUAA